GAGAAAAGUAAACAGCGCACUUCAGCGCAGCUCGCAGGGUAAAUUCAUUUACAGUUUAAGGUUAGAAUAAAUAAUUAUCGCUGGUAGAUAUUUCGGUAUAAUAUCAGCGUAUAGUCGUUUCCAAAAUGACAAGAUUCACGCGGGCAAAAGGCUCCAAAUCAUCUAAUGAGAAAACACCGGAAGAUGGAACUCCUUGGGAAGUAAUGAAGGAACAGUUAAUGAAAUCUAAACAACAAAACGAAGACGCUGAAAAACGAGAACAGGCUGAAAAGAAACGUAUUGAGAAUUAUGAGAAUUUCCUUAAGGAACACAAAACUCAAAAACGAACAGCCACAUGGUGUGAAUUUGAAGAAACCACACAGACUACAACCAACAAGCAAACAAGUCCUAGUAAAAAAAAGAAAAGGAAACAAAAUAGUUCUUAUCCUCCUGUUACUGAAGAAAAUCUUAGAUUAGAUGAUCAAGAGAAGACAGCUGAACAGAAAAAAAAUAAAAAAACAAAGAAUAAAAAAAAUGAGUCCAUAAACAAGCAUGCUGUUCAAGUCUCUGAAUAUGUAAACCACAACGAGUCUGAUGUUUCACAAGCAACUGAAAUUCCUAUAUCUAAGAAAAAAAAAGAAAACUUUAAAAACAACCAACAAAAAUUGCAGAAUGACAAUGCAAAACAAAGUAAUAAACAAAAUAAUCAAACUGAAAACAACAAAACUGUCAAUAGACCAAAGGAAAGAAAAAAGAAAAACUUUAUUAAUGGGCAACCAGUCCGUAGGAAACCGAUAGACGAUAGCUUCCAAAUAAUAAUUAAUGGUAAAGACGUUGAGCUAAUUCGUUAUGAUGGUUUUCCUGUUAUGAAGAAAGAUGCUGAACGUUUACAAGAAUUAAAGGCCAAUAUGAUCAAGAAGGGGAUUCCUAAAAGUGAAGUGCAGAGAACUAUGAAAUUGGAAAGAAGAAGAGCAGAAAAGGCGUUGGCCCGUGUGAAGCGAGAAGUUUGUUAUAAUUGUAGGAAAGGUGGCCAUAACCUUUCAGAUUGCCCAGAUUUAAAGUCCGUUAUACCGGGAGUUGACGCUGGAGAUGGUAUUUGUUUCAAAUGCGGCUCAACAGAGCAUAAACAGUUUGAAUGCAAAGUUCAAAGGGACAAGGAAUUCAGAUUUGCAACAUGCUUCAUUUGUAAAGAACAGGGACACAUUGCUAGACAAUGCCCUGAUAAUCCAAAAGGCUUAUAUCCUAAUGGUGGUUGCUGUAAGAUCUGUGGUGAUGUUACUCAUAUGAAAAAGGAUUGCCCUACGAUGAAUAACCAGAAAGAAGAGACUGCAGUAAAAUUACAGACAUUGGAUACUGCUGAUAAUGUUGAAGAGAUAAUGGAAAGACAAAAAAAGCCUGCUGCCGUUGACACACUUAAGAAACCCAAGAAAAUUACAUUUUAAAACAUGUACAUAUUUUCAUAUUAUAAUAAAUACCUAAUGAAUUUGUUU